CCCCCGCAGCCGCCCGCACCCGUAGGGACUUGGCCUGUUCCAGCGGCUGCAACUCCGAGAUGAUGAUAUCGGGGCUGUCAGGAGGGAUGGUGGAGGUGGGCCAGGCAACGACCUCCAGUUGGGUCGCCUUCUCGAAGGAGUGUCGGGGCUAAAUCGAUUGCCGCCUUCUUGGGUGGGAGGAGGGGGCCGUUGGGGAGAGUCACACGCAGAGUCUCCGCCUUGGUCGCCAGCUCCUGCACGGCCGUGAUGAAUCGGGGGGAGGGCUUGGUGGGGAAAUGGUCGCUGUGGAGGGUGCCAAGGUCGAUGGUGCCGUCCCCACACCCGGCAAUCUCGACUGGCACGGCCGACGGUGCACAGCAGCUGGUGAUGAACUGUUCGAGGGCGCACAGCCGGAGGAGCACGUCAGUCCCGUCGGCUGCAGGUGGGAGGGACACGUCAAGGCGCUUCAGGGACUUGUGGCAGCCAUGCGCCGAUAGAGCCUCCUGAGCAUUCGUACAGGGAUCAGUCAUGCCAGCUUGGUGCCGUGAUGUGUUGUGAUGGAUCACCUGAAGCUGAUCCAGACCCGGAGGGCUUGAUAUCUUGAUAUCGCCCAUGCUCUCCAGCCGCGCGAGAGGCCCCUUCUGGCCAGGCCCUCCCACUGGCAUGCGCUCAAACACCGACGCCCACUGGCGAUCCCAAUAGCACCCACCGAUGUGCUGCAGGCUCGUCGAUGUCCUGACGAAGCCUCCCAGACUGUCAGUGCCCCACCCCUCCUGCCUCACUAUCGCGAGCGACGGCAUCCGCCACUCCCUGUCGGCCAGAGUGCUAUGUUUCUUGCGGAGCCCAAUCACAGAGGCGAGGGCGUCAAGGGUCGUGGGAUGGGCGGCGGGUGGAGGUAUGGACAGGGGGAUACUGUACUGGCGCUGCAGGCGUCGCUGGACAGGCAGAUCCAGCACGCUCUCCUCGAAGGCUAUUGUCUGCAGAGUCCCUCCCUCCAU